UCUCUAAACAGAGAUCUCCUUGGACCUGAACGGAAGCCCACCUCUCUCUCUCUCUAACAGAGAACCCUCUUAACAUAAGCCCAACUCUCUCUCUCUAAACAGAGGAACCCCUAAAGAAACCCCACCUCUCUCUCUCUAAACAGAGGUGCCCUGAGCAAGCUCAAGUCUCUCUCUCAACAAAGAAACCCACGAGACAAAACCUCCAAAACUCUCUCUUUAUUAUUGAUGAAGGCCUGUGGAACCCUCUGAGAAAACAGCCAUGAAAGUUGCAGACCAGGACGGGGGGAGCCUCCUCCAAAUCUCUCGAAACCUUCUCCAUUUUCUCUCUCUAGAAAUAUCUCAAGUUCAGAGCUUCAAAGGCAAGUGGGGGGUAGUCAAAACUAAGCUAGACCAGCUGCCCUCUCUCAUCACUGAUCUCUCUGAGUUCCCCAGCUUCUCUUCCAACCUUUUGUGUUCAGAGCUCCUCCAGUCCGUCUCUCAAACCCUUACCCUGGCCCUAGAACUCCUCAGGAAAUGCAGUAGCCAUGAACAAGCCAUGGGCAAGCUUCAUAUGCAGAGUAACCUGGAUUCUCUCUCGAUGAAACUCGACCAACACAUUCAGGAUGGCGAGCUUUUGAUAAAGAGUGGGAUUCUCCAGGAAAACCCCACUCCCUCUCUGCAAGGAAAGAAGCUGACUUCAAGGAGAGAAGCCAUUAGAGCGAAUGCGAGGACCCUAUUGACAAAAUUACAGAUUGGUAACCUCGAAUCCAAGCAUUCAGCCAUGGAUUCAUUGAUGGGUCUGUUGCAGGAGGAUGAUAAGAGCGUGAUCAUAGCUGUUACACAAGGUAUGGUCCCUGUUCUGGUUCACUUGCUUGAUUCUAGUGAGAUGAGAGAGAAAGCAGUCUUCGCAAUCUCCAGGGUUUCUUAUGUAGAGAGUUGCAAGCAUGUAUUGAUUGCAGAAGGGGUUCUUUCUCACCUGGUUAGGGUUUUGGAGUGUGGGUCUGGUUUUGCCAAAGAAAAGGCAUGUGUAGCUCUUCAAGCUCUGAGCUUUAGCCCUGAGAAUUCGAGAGUUAUUGGCUCUGGUUCUGGCAUAUCUGCUUUAAUGGAGAUAUGUGUUAUUGGAACCCUAGCUGCUCAAGCUUCAGCAGCUGGAGUGCUCAAAAACUUGGCAUCGGUUCAAGAAAUCAGGCCUCACUUCAUGGACGAAGGCUAUAUUCGAGUUCUAAUUGGUCUUGCUAAUUCUGGAACUCCCAUGGCUAUGGAGAAUUCAGCUGAAUGCCUGCUAAAUUUGACCAUGGAUGACGAUUGUUUCAGGCUUUUAAUGACCAAUUUAGGAGUCAUAGAAUGUUUAAAAAACUUAUAUGAUUCAGCCCCAACUGAUCGAUCUCAAGAAAUUGCAAUUGGGUUGGUUAAAAACCUUGCUAGCUCUGCAAAUGCUGCAUCGAUGUUGGUUUCAUCAGGGUUUAUUCCUCGAAUUGUCAAUGCUCUUAGUUUAGGGGAAACAGGGGUCCGAACAAUGGCUGCCAUGGCUGUUUCAGAGUUGGGUUCUUCAAAUGAGUAUGCGAAGUUAGUGGGAGAAGCAGGCUGCGUCCCUCCAUUGAUUCGAAUGCUUGAAGGGAAAACUGUUUCAGAGAGAGAAACAUCGGGAAGGGCUUUAUCUUUGAUCCUAACAGUUGAGGGAAAUCGAAGGGCUUUUAGGAAGGAAGAGAAGGGAAUAUCCUUCACCAUUCAGCUUCUUGACCCUUCAAUUCACAAUUUUCCAAGGAAAAAUCCCAUUUCGAUAUUGAGUUCUCUCUCUAACAAUGCAAAGUCUAGGAAACAGAUGGUGGCUCAUGGUGCUUGUGCACAUUUAGAGAGACUUUCAGAUAUGGAGGUUCCUGGUGCCAAGAAACUUCUCGAAAGCUUGAGUCGAGGAAAACUAUGGAAUAUGCUAGCAAAACCAUAGGAGCCGAGUUUUUUUGGCCUCAAAUUUCCAGAGAUCCCCAUUGAAAGACAGGCCUGGAGGGGAAGCUCUUCUCUUUGCUCUGAGGGCAAGGGUUGAAUGUUGAGAGGGAACCUGGCUCAAAAGACUGAAUAAAAUGAAAUGGGAUUUGGCUUCCUCAUCUCAAAGGAGUCAGAAAAGGGGAGUUGGCUUCCCCCCCCCAUACACAAGACAAAAAAAAAAAAAAACUGAAAAUACACUGUACUUUGCAAGUUUUUGUGGACUUGCCCAGUCUAUCAGUUACUUGCCGAGUUGCUACAAUAUUAGCCCAAGUUGUGAGAAACUUGGGUGAGUAUUACUACACUAUCUCUCU